AUUCCAUUCUUACAACUUCCUCGAGAAAUAAGACAUUUCUUUCAAAAUGAUGUAUCGAAUUGUAAAAUGUUGUGAGCUCGAGCACACAAAAUACCUCGAUUCUCCAUUCAGAUAUGAUGAUGGGACUUCCGACCACAAUCUCGUCAUCCAUCAAUCUGCAGCUAAACUAUCCAAUGACCUGCUGAAAUUACUUGUUCUAUUGAUUCACCAAAAUAAUCAUGUUAGGGAUACAAAUGUUUGCAACAGCAACAACCCACCCUCUGAUUUCAUUGAAGAUCAAGCUCUAAAACAUAAACAUACGAAUUUGAAUUCAGAAAUAACUAACGCUGGAUAUCAAAUUCUACAAAAUCCUCAAUAUUGUGACCUCUGUUGGGUGACAUCAAACUUGAAAGAAGGCCCUUCAGCUAACGUAAGUAAAUCUCAAUGGCAAGACUGGAAAUUCAACCCUUGUGUUCUCCAUCCAACUACCCCUUUGAAUGAUGAUAUUCAUAUUCAGACGGAAGAAAAAUUUGGGAUGGUAAGAGGCUUAGUUGCAAUUGGUUUGUCUGCAAUUAGAGAUGUUUAUACAUCAGUAGAACAAGUGUGCUUCGAUUUUGAAACUGUUCUCACUGCCUUAGUUGAAAAGGUCAAUGCAAAAGUAGCGAAAGGGCUAGACAGGCAAUACUCAGGACUUAUAUCGCAAGUUGCAUCGUUAGAAGAUCAUGUUUAUUGUUGGGCUUACGAACUACAAAGGAAGUUGGAGCAGGAUUCUCUUAAGAUGGGAAUGCCAAAACAUGGCACUUUUGCAAAAAUUGAUACCUCCAGUCUCCCUACCACUAGUACGUGCUCCAUCAAUUGUUGUCGGGAUUGUCUCAACAUUCUUCAUAUUGUGGCAAAGGAGAUUGUUAGGCAUGAAUUUGGAUCAAAGAGAUUUGAUUGGUCAAACAGAAAGUAUACAUGA